AUGGCAGCUGUAACACCUCCAACAUCAAGGGCACUUCCAUUAGAAGCGACAGCAAUUUUCCCGCCACAAGGGAGUCGGGAACUGGACCGGGGGGCGCCGCCUCUCGAAUCCCUCAGCUGCACGAAAAGAGCAACGGCCGCUCAACACAUCAGAGGGGGAGAGGGACGAGGCGCCGCACCGUGUCUGUACAUCCAAACUGUUUCCGGUUCAUUGCUUCCCGUUGUCCUCUCGCCCUCACCAACGCAUAGCCCGAUUCCCCAACGAUGCGAACAAUACCGUGACGCUUAUGCCAACGUAACCAUCUGCAUCGAUACAGAAGAAAGAUCGAUUCAAAGACUUGAAACUUUUGGGGGGGGGACUACCAUUACGGCAAUAUUGUGUAAACGAUACUUUCCCCCUUUCCAAUGA